AUGACACCAUUCACUACAGCUGUGACUACUCCAUUCACUACAGCUGCAAUUACUCCGUUUAUCACAGUUUUUCAAACUGCAGGUGAAACACCUUAUUUGACACCAUUCUCAACUGCUUUUGAGACACCACAUUCAACACCAUUUACAACAGCUGAAUUAACUCCAUAUGGAACAGCUGCAUAUACAGCAAAGGAAACUCCAUUUGAAACAGCUGCAAUUACACCUAACGUGACACCUAUUAAGACGCCAAACCCAGACUGUGUCAUGGAUCAGGACAAAAUAGAUAACCGUCUUAAGUACAAGCGUAUUAAAGUGAUUUUUGCGCUUGGACAAGUUGUUAAUAACAAUAUUUGA